AGAUACAAAAACUAGGGCAAUGGAGUGAUGGAGGUUUACAAGAAUCAUAAUACUUCCGUAGAGGAAUUCCUUCCGCUCCAGAAAGAAGAGGGUUCCGCCCGAAAGAUUAGUGGCUUAGUGCUCUUCUUCACGUUCUUACUCUCGACCAAACUUGUAGUUGGGAAAUCGUUUUCUGGAGCCAUUGAAGUUGAGCUGAACAAUAUAAUUAUCAAAAAAGAAGUUGAGCUUCAAAAAUUUGAUAUUUUGUAAAUAGAAUGAUUUAUAUGUUUUUGUCAGAGCCCAUAUGGGAUGACAAUGGAGAUGAUGCCUCUUCCGGUGUUAGAAUAUCUCUCUUGAAUGAAUUGGAAUCGGUUAUUUGGUCACUGAUGAUGUCCGGAGGUCGAUCAGAGGUUCGAUUAUGGCUUUGUAACACUAUAGCAGGCAUACGUUCUAUCACUUCCCACCACCAGUGUGAGCUAUUUGCGAGCUUACUGAGAUCUAAGCCACGGAAGCGGGCCUUGGCAUCCCAACUCCUACAAAUGAUAUUUGAGAAAAGACCUCAGAAAGCGGGGCUCAUCUUAGCCAAGAAAAGCUACAUUCUCAAGAAAUUCUUUCAAGGAAAUCCGAGGCGUAUAUUGCAAUGGUUUUCUAAUUUUGCCGCUGGUGGUGGACUGGAUCACGGAAAAGGUGCCAAGGCGUUAUCCCAAUUUGCUUUUGUAAAUCGGGAUAUCUGUUGGGAGGAACUCGAAUGGAAGGGAAAACAUGGUCAGUCACCUGCAAUGGUUGCUACAAAGCCCCAUUACUUUCUAGAUUUGGACGUCCAACAAACUGUCGAGAAUUUCCUUGUCAAUGUGCCUGAAUUUUGGUCAUCCAAUGAGUUUGCUGAGUCUCUAAAAGAUGGUGAGAUUUUGUUCGUUGAUAGACAAUUCUUUGUAGAAUAUUUUGUUGAUUUGAUGUAUGAAGAGGAUUCAAGAGAUGUAUGGGAAGUCAUAAAUCAGUUCCUAUUUGAAGAAUCUUUCUCUUCGUUGUGCCACCACCUUCUUAUUAUUCUUGAAGAGAGGGACUUGCAUAGUUUUUUGGAAUUUCUUUGUAAACUUCUCGACCCGAGAAUGGAACCUAAGGAAUUUGGAAAUUCAUCUUACUUGUUUGAGGUUAUAAUUUCUAAAUGCGGUAAUUGCGGAUCUAUUGAUCAGAUGAUGUUGUUAAAUGCGAUUAUUACACAAGGGCGCCAACUUCUACGGUUUCUACACGAGGAAGGUGGCCUAGAGGAACAUUCAAAAAUAAAAGACAUCAUGUCACGGGUUCGCGCAAUACCAAGCAAUGCCAAUAGUUUGGUGCCUAUUUUCAUCCAGUGCUUCAAAAAAAGGACCAUUAAAGCGAUAAAAUGGCUGGGUCUUCAGGCUUGGGUUCUUUAUUAUAUAUUGUCUGAGGAGUGCCAUACUCUUGAUUCCUGGGAACUGUUAUUCAGAGAUAAUAACAUAGGCUUUCGCAGAUCAAAUCAAUAUAGAUUGCUAGAUCAUGAUGAACUGUCAGAAGAAAGUGGUUCUGAUUCAGGUCGUAAAGCAUCAAUCAGAGUCAAACACAGGAGGAAAGAAAAAAGAAGAAAGAGAAGAAAAAGCUUUAGUGGUGAUGACAGCCGUGACAAUGAGUUGCCAGAUUUUGAUACCAUCAAUACAAGGGGUUUGCAAGCUAAUGCUGGAAGUUGGUUGCUCUCUAUCGAUGGAUAUUCUGUGUCUUGGAGCAGUGUGGACUUGCCAGAACAUCUUUCUAAGCAUUGUAUGUCUACGUGGAUGAAAUGGGUUUUUGCAAAGUGGGAAUGAAGCAAGCUUGUAAAGUUGGCACAGAAUCAGCCAGCCGUAUUGUCAUUCGGCCAGAAAGCAAAUUCAUAUCUUUGAAAUUUUUGCUUUUGUAAAGAGUUAAGGUUUGUUUUCCAAUUCUUGUGACAUUUCAUUUGUUUUACACCUCGUAAUAGAUGUACACUAGAGGUGGUUUGAAGAUGAGGUAGUUUGUUCAGUUACAACGUUAAGGCAGUGUAAGUGAUGUCAUUGAUUCUAACGAAAUGGUGUUUGAUAUA